UUCGAUGCAAUGCUGCUGCUGCUGCUGCUACUCGGCCUGGCCUCCGUGGUCUCCCUGGCGGAUGGCUACGACCGGAGCGUCAACUACUGGGAGGCCUUUGCGCCCGGCAAGCUGCUGCAACGACUGGACGCACUAACCGUCGGCGAGGCGGCUCAAUCGAAUCGAAUGGUGGCCAAGCUGCCGGAGAUGAUGCAGCCCGUCCAGACGCAGGCGCAGGCCAAGGCGGAUGAGGAUCUGGAGGACGUGGAUGUGGAUGUGGAGGAAGCAGAGGCAGAGGACAGCCACGAGGGAUACUCCGGCGAGGAUUACGAGCGCAACUACGAGCAGUUUGUCAAGGAGUACUUCGAUCGGGCUGCCGAAAACCAUGACAACCACGAUGACGACGACGACGACGAGGAGGAUCUGGCGGAGGAGACCCAGGCGGAGGCCACGAGUGUCAAGGAUCAGCGCUGUCGGCGGGUCAAGCGGAAGGAUGGCCAGCUGUGCGAGAUCUGUCGGCAGUUGAAGAACAACGAGGUAUCGGAGACCUGCAGCUACUCGCAUGACGAUCAACCGGAGCAGUAUGCCUUUGGCAGUGGCACCCAGUACAAGCGCUAUCGCAACAACGAUCCCGCCGAGAAGCAGGAGAAGGAGCAGAAGCAGGAGCAGGACGAUGCACCCAGCAGCCUGUGCGUCCGGCGGCAGCAGGGCAAUAGGGUGUGCUACGAGUGCAAGGACAGCAAGGGCCAGAAGAUCGAACGCUGCUACAAGACGAAGGCCAGAAAGAAGAAGGCAUCUGCCGCAUCUUCUGCCAAACGGAAGCCGCGUUCCCAGCAGUCGCAGCAGUCGGAGCAGGAGCAGCGCAUCUACAAGCGCACCAUCAGCUACAGCUACGCCCAGGGCUCGGAUCAGGAUCAGCAGCAGGAGCAGCCUCCUGUUGCGACAACGGAGCAGCCAGUGCCUCGCCAACGUCGCCGCCGCCUGGUGAAGAUCACACGUCGACGCGGACCAGUUCGAGUCCAAUGAUUUUGUUUCGUUUUUCUAUUGUAUCCCCACUCACUAGCUUAGAUUAAUUAUUACACAUAUUUUUUUUGUUACAAUAAACCAUUCUGUAAGA